AUGGAGGGAGCCGGGGCGCUGCUGGCCCGCUGCCCCGCCGGCGGGCUGGGCGUCACCGUCUGCGCCGCCGCCGCCGGGCUGCUGCUCUACCGCAUCGCGCGGAGGAAGAAGCCCACACACGUGACAGUGAACUGCUGGUUCUGCAGUCAGGACACGGUAGUGCCAUAUGGGAAUCGCAACUGCUGGGACUGCCCCAACUGUGAGCAGUACAAUGGGUUCCAAGAGAAUGGAGACUACAACAAGCCUAUCCCUGCUCAGUACAUGGAACACCUUAACCAUGUUGUAUCGGGUGGUACGACUUUCUGUGAUCCUACCAAACCACAACAGUGGGUGAGCAGCCAAAUUCUGCUUUGCAAGAAAUGCAACAACCAUCAAACCACGAAGAUCAAACAGCUGGCUUCGUUCUCACCAAGGGAGGAGGGCAAGUAUGAUGAGGAGAUUGAGGUGUAUAAGCACCAUCUGGAGCAGACCUACAAGCUGUGCCGUCCAUGCCAGGCUGCUGUGGAGUAUUACAUAAAACAUCAGAAUCGGCAGCUCCGGGCGCUGCUGCUCAGCCACCAUUUCAGACGCCGUGAGACAGACAAGACUUACACUCAGAAUUUAUGUUCAUCCUCCUCUUCUGCUUCCAUAACCACACCAGCUCAGGUGAUAUUUCUGCGGUUCUUGGCCUUCCUCAGCUGUGCGUUCCUGGUUUUGACAGCCUUGUAUGGGUCAGACGACCCCUUCUCACUCAGUGCAGCAGUCCCUGCUCCUAUCUCCUCUGGUCCAGCGUCCGUUCGGAACAGGACUGACACAGGCUCACGUGCAGACUUGGAAAAUGACACUUCCGUGACGGUGGCAGGCUGGCAGGAGCUGCUGCGCCUGCUCCCAGAACAGAUGGUGGAGAACCUGAGUGCUGCGUGGGCUUACGGGAAGAAUCACCAGAUAGCAGUCGCUGUCCUUGGGCUCUUCACCUGCCUGUUGGCCAUGUUCUUAGCUGGGCGAAUCAGGCUGCGGAGAAUUGAUGCGUUUGCUUCAGUCUUGUGGUUCGUAGUGAUGAGUCUGCAUUUAGCUGAGAGGUACCUGAAGACGGAAACACCCAACUGGCUAGACACAGCCAAAUUUGGCACCACAUCCUUGUGCUGCUUGGUGGGCUUUACCGCAGCAGUGGCCACACGGAAAUCAACGGGCCAUCGGAGAUACCGGCCCCGAAGGUACCUUUCUGGGGAUUCGAUUACUCUCUUUCCCAGCGGCACUGGGACUGGCUUCCCAUCGUCUGCUACGUCUCUCUUUGUCCCAACACCACCCAGUAUCCUCCAGCUGACAAACCAACAGCUCUUCAGAUCCCCACGCAGAACUUCUUCUUCCUCUCUUCCUGGUCGUCUCAACAGGGCGCUCUCGCUGGGUACCAUCCCCUCCUUGGCCAGAGCAGAUUCUGGCUACUUGUUCAGUGGAAGUCGACCAGCCUCGCAGUCAUCUCAGUCUAAGGAAUCUCCUACAUCAGAGCACUUCUCCCUGCUGUCAGGCAGCUGUGCUCCCUCCCGCAUCCCCUCUCCAGCACCGUCGGUGGCUGGCUCUGUGACUUCCAGCUCAGGUUCCUUGCGGUACCGCCGGCCACUCAUCAGCCCUGCCCGCCUGAACCUGAAAGGACAGAAGCUGCUGCUUUUCCCAUCUCAGAAUGAGGCUCUGCUCACCCCAACUAGCUCGGAGGAGCACACCCACUCAGACAGCAACAUCUUCGCCCCAGAGUUCUCCUCCUUUCCAAAGAAGAACCUCAGCGAGCGGGGAAUGCAUGAUAGGAGAUCUGCUAUGGAAGGAGGGAGUAUUUGCAGUGAUAAUUCCAUCAAAAAGGAGGAUCACUCAUCACACUCAUCUACCUGUGUGGUAGACACAACUACCAAAGGGGAAGAUUUGGCAGGCUGGAGAGGUCAUUUUGGUAACUCCGCUCUCCGAGGUCUGCUAGCCGUGAGUCUGACUCUCAAUGCUAUCUUCACAUCAGCCUAUGUCUACCGGAGCCUGCGUUGAUUUGUGCCAACACUCCUUUCUUUCUGGUUCCACCUGCUUCUGAGGAGACAAGAAGAAUUCAACCACGGCUUCAUGUCUAAUAGCCGUGCCACUGGUGCAUGCUGUUUUUUAAAAAACUACUGUAUGCUCAGCUGUCAUGACAAGGAACCCAGGUAGCUGCUGCCAUCACUUCCAGGUGGAACAUACCACAGGAUUGCCCCUGGAGGUGGCAGGCAGAAUUCCCAGAGAGCUCCAGUUAAAGCAAGAGGCCAGUCAAAUGACCCAUGCGCUUUCUUUCAAAGGAACUGACCUGAGACACAAGCCUGAAAAUGUGUAAGCUACGUUUUUAGGAACCUAUCCCCAGCUCUUCUUUCUGACAUAUUAACCUCGUGCUGAUGGUGCUGGUAAAAUGAGGAGAAUUAGAACAAAUGAGCUGGAGAAGAGGGGUGGCUUAGUAGCUGGUGCUGGGCUUUGGCUACUGUAACAGCAUUCCCAGCCUCUUUGCCCAGUGGUUCCUCUUCUCUCUUCCCUUUGGCACUCUCCUCUAAAUUAUCAGUGAAUUUUCUUUAGUUGCCUUAAGCUUGCCUAAGCACGUGGGUGACCUUGGCUGCUCUGUCAUAUUCUUGCAUCUUAUAUGUCCAUGUGCUUCCACCUGGGCUGUGCCCUGAGGCCACUUUCACCAGUUGCCAUUCUGGUCAUGCUGGUUCUCAGAAACUGCUGUCUGUACGUACCUCCAACCAGCACUGUUGCUGUAGGUAUGCACAAAUUCCAGACAGACUUCCUUUUGUGGUUUGCAUUAGAAAGAGGAAGCCUGCGCUUUGCUUUACCCAGGAGGCAUUAAUUCUAUUACAGUUAAUUCUGUAAUAAGAAAGGAUCCCUGUGUGAUUUGCACCAUAGUCAAAGGGCUUCAGCUCACAGCUCUGACUGCUGGUGUUUUCACUGGAGCAGCGAGUGGCCUAGCUUGGUCUUGCUGUAAAUCGCACAAAUCUAUUCUAUUAGAAGAUACGUGAGGAGCUGUGUGAUUGUAUCCAUUUAUCCAGAAACCUGACGCCUCAAUCUGAUACUGGGAUUUGCUAAGUAACCAUUUAAGAUAUUUCUUACUUAGUUAAAUGCCAAGGUGCUCUCAGUGAGAAAUGCCAGCUCUGCUUCUGGCCAAUUCAGCCUUCUGGAUAGAUUCUUCUUUUCUAACCCAAAGGAAGUAGCCCUAGAUUUUCAAAAGCAGUUUAUAAUUUGGGCACUUCUGCUUUUGGGUGAGUCUUCAGCAUUGCUUAGAAUUCAGGGGCCAUUUAGAGUAUUGUGCUGAGUACUCAAAAUCAUUUAGUACAUCUUAGGGGAAAAAAAAAAAAAAAUCUUGAUCUUUAUGUUUUGAUUCUUAAAUCCCAAGUGCAGAGAGAAGAUUUACCAACGUGUCAAGGAUACCUGGUGAAAAGACAGCCAACUGACAUUAGCUAUGUAUUUCCUGAAGCAGGACUGACUCUGUUAAGGGUUUUUCUACUGUCUCUUCCUUUGGGCUCCUUUACCUCAAACUUCUUUUCUCUUUCCUGUCCUUCACCCCAUUGUCCUGUGUUUGCAUCUUGAAUUACAGUGUUAUGCUUACUGUGUCUUUUCCUCCCUUUCAGUUCUGCUGCUGUUCCCUCUAUUGUACGCUUGCAUGUGCACAGAAACAAAGUGUAUCUCUGCUGACAUUUCUCUGCUCUGAACCUGAGAUUCACACCUUGGAGUGAUGAUCACCCUUCCUUUCACUUUUUUUUUUUUUUUUUCCUUGCAUGUUUUAAUUGAGUUCCUACCACAGCCUCACUUAGUACAUCAUGUGAGUGAUAGCCAGGCUCUAAUCAGCAUGCUAUAUGACAGAUUAAAUGGGGCUUUACUGCUGGUGAUUCAAGCACUGAAAAAUUAAGUCUCUCUUUGUCUCUUCCGUUUCUUCCUGCAUUGUUUUAGCAGCCCACUUCCAGCCGCUGCUCCUCAUCCUCCCUUGUUAGUGAGGCCUGCUCAUCGCCUACUCUGCAUCUUACAGGCAGAGGACAGACCUCUGCCCACACGUGCUGAUCUGAGAGGCUGUGGAGGUGUCAUUCCUGACUCUGCAUCUUCCUCUCAGCCUCUUUAGAGUGUUAGUAAAGGGCUGCACAGCCAGCACCGCCUAUACAAAGGCCUAGAUCCAGGAUAGAGACCUGCAGCAGAAAGCUGUGCUGCAGGUUGAUGAUUAAUUCUUUUGUAACUUGCAUGAAUUGUUACUUGUAGCCAAACCGGACCCGUAACCUUGCUGUGAAGAGAUUUUUUGUCCCUUUUAUAGACUUCUGCAGGCUCACUUGAGCAUGUGUAUAGGCAAGAUGCUAGCAGACCAACUUAGAAGCUUCUAUUUAGACGUCUGCUGUUUGAGUUUGAUGAUGUCCUGGUGCAGUGUGUGACAUCCCAUUCAUGGAUCCUUGUCCUGACUUCCAGCAUAUCCAGGGGCCUCCUAUGCAGAGACAAGCCUGCCAGAGAAUACUGUGGGUUUGCUUGUCUUUAUUAUGCCAACAGAUGUGCACUGUGACUUCACGUAUGCAAACUUUCCACUUCACCUCCCAGUCUGCGCUGAGUUUUACCAUCACACUCACCUGGAGUCCAAGCUGGUCUCUGUCUCUACCAGAUUGCAAUACAAAUUUUCUCCUCCUUUCCAGCAACCAAGGAGCUGCAGCCUCUCAACACACCUCUUCUUGCCCGUAUUCCAGAACAGGAACACUUUAA